GCUAAGGGCAAGGGGCGGGGCGCGCGCGUCGGGAAGAUGGCGCUACGUCUGCUGCGGAGGGCGGCGCGCGGAGCGGCGGCAGCGGCGCCGCUGAGGCUGUUCUGGACCUGGCUCUUAAGAAACUCACAGCUUGGGAGAGCAUCUCUAGCAGCUGAUAUCCCCAGGUUUGGAUAUAGUUCCUCAUCCAGUCACAAGUACGUCCCCCGGAGGGCAGUGCUCUAUGUACCUGGAAAUGAUGAAAAGAAAAUAAAGAAGAUUCCAUCCCUGCAUGUAGAUUGCGCAGUGCUUGACUGUGAGGAUGGUGUGGCUGCAAACAAAAAGAAUGAAGCUCGACUGAGAAUUGUAAAAACUCUUGAGGACUUUGAUCUGGGCUCUACUGAAAAAUGUGUGAGAGUCAACUCAGUUUCCAGCGGUCUGGCGGAAGAAGACCUAGAGACCCUUCUGCAAUCCCGGGUCCUUCCUUCCAGCCUGAUGCUACCAAAGGUGGAGAGUCCUGAAGAAAUCCAAUGGUUUGCAGACAAAUUUUCAUUCCACUUAAAAGGCCGAAAACUUGAACAACCAAUGAAUUUAAUCCCUUUUGUGGAAACUGCAAUGGGUUUGCUCAAUUUUAAGGCAGUGUGUGAAGAAACCCUCAAGAUCGGGCCUCAAGUGGGUCUCUUUCUAGAUGCAGUCGUUUUUGGAGGAGAAGACUUUCGAGCCAGCAUAGGUGCAACAAGUAGCAAAGAAACCCUGGAUAUUCUCUACGCCCGGCAAAAGAUUGUUGUCGUAGCAAAAGCCUUUGGUCUCCAGGCCAUAGAUCUGGUGUACAUUGACUUUCGAGAUGGAGAUGGACUUCUUAGACAGUCGCAAGAAGGAGCCGCGAUGGGCUUCACUGGUAAGCAGGUGAUUCACCCUAACCAAAUUGCUGUGGUCCAGGAGCAGUUUUCUCCUUCCCCUGAAAAAAUGAAGUGGGCUGAAGAACUGAUUGCUGCCUUUACAGAACAUCAACAAUUAGGAAAGGGAGCCUUUACUUUCCAAGGGAGUAUGAUCGACAUGCCGUUACUGAAGCAGGCCCAGAACAUUGUUACGCUUGCCACCUCCAUCAAGGAAAAAUGAUCUGUUCAAUGAAGCUCUCAUCAGGAUGAUCCAGAGAAGCCCUUGGAUGACGCGCCUGAAUUCCAGUCUCCACCCCGGCCCCACAAGCAGCCAGCCCACCCCACACAGAGGGGCCUCCUCAAGGCCUCACUGACAGGCUCUCCUCCUCACCCAGGGAGCCCUACAGACCUGGGGAAAAGCAGGCCCCUCCGCCAGGUCCCUAGCUGGUGUGGAGGCCAGACCAGCUAGGCCUCCCACUGCUGGUCACUCCCAGGCCACAGGUUUCUAGGUCCCAACCACAUGGACUGCUUGCCACGCUCCUGCCCUCAUCCCAAACUGCUUUGUUUAAACAAAACCAUCUUUUUUAGUCUCCCCAAAUAUCCGGUUAUCUUCCUCCUAACCCAGUGGUCCCAAUUAUGGUAGGAUCAUGAGACUAGGUCCUAUGAGAGCCACAAAUCUGGACUGAAGUCCCAUUUCCCGAACAGAGACCCAAAUGAGGAGGGCCCGAAGAGUCCAGUCCUGGUCAGAGACCCAUAGUGCCUUAGUCCUUGAAGGACAAAACUCCAGGAAGAAGAUGCUGGAAGGCAAAGGGUGUUCCCCCUCUUUCCCCACCUGAAUCUCUAUAGUGCCAUGGGUGGGGCAAGGUACCCUGGGAAUGGUGGGAGAGGAGCUGAGGACCCAGAGUGUGAGUCAUCUCCACUGGGCACGCCAGGCACCCCGACAUGGGGAAAUGAGGGCUGCCCGACUCCUGACUCCUGAACCAGGCAUGGGCGACAGGAAGAGGACCUUGCGGCUAAUCUGAUUAAUUAGAAAGCAUACCUGUUUAUGUUUUGUGUAGCUCCUCACAAGCUGCUUAGCCAUAUCACCCCCGUUAUUAAUUCUUGGGCUCUAAAUUAUGGGUAACACUAUUAAAACAUUAUCAGAACUAAUGAGAAACAAUUACUUAGAAAAUGAGCCAGGACAAGAUUGAGCUGAGAACAUCAGUGGUGAUCACUGUGGAUUAGUUUAAUAAAUCAUCAGGUGCAAGGCAAGACUGACUGGAUGUAUGCAAAGCCCCGUCACGGGAAAAUGAAAUUGAGAUUUUUUUUGCAUAAUUUUUUCAUUAAUCUCAAUAGGACCCGUGUGGUGUAGAUUGCUUUAUUCCCCUAAUACCUUGCCUGAGGGGGGGUGCCCAAUAAUGUCUUCAUUGUUUUACUGAGGUCUUAAUGACAAUCUGUGACAACCUCAUUUUAAUGUAUAGAGGAUUAUAUCAAUACAGUCAUGUUUUAUUGAAAUGGUGAAGGGAACUCCAGUCAGAGUCGGGCACUGUCCAUGAGCACAAGUUCGGAAGUUUCUCGGCAUCCGGGAGCCUUCCUGUCUGAUGUCCCAGUGUUAGUCCACCGGCCGCCCUCCCCUCCUCUCCUGGGAUGAAGACUUUACCGCCUCCAAUUUGAAUUUGAAAGUAACUCCUUCCCUGGCAUAUUUUGCUGCGCAGAUAGAACAAACCAUGUUGUUUUCCCUUCCCUCGUCUCUAAAAUAGACAUGUUAUUAUUCACACUUUUGUACCCAGUCGUUUUGCGGGAGUUCGGGAAACUGACUUGGUUCGUUGGGGACACUGUCAUUUUCUUAUGACGCCAUGAGGAGAAAAAAUAAUACAUGGUUUUGUUUAUUUUAAUCUGAAGGAUUAAAUCUGCUUUUAUGAUUUCAGUUUACCUUGGAAAACUGAAUCUUCCAUGUUUUAUUUCUUUCCUGUAGUAUUAGAAAAGCAAUGAAUGGCACAAAACAGGUUCUGAGACGGCCCGCAGGCUCCGAGCUCGUGGACGCGGCCGGAGGUCGGGUCUGACUCGCGGAGCCCCCACCAGGUUUCCCCGCGCAUCUUCGGGGGAAGUGGGGGAGGCAGACCCAGCAUUUAGGCGUGAAAGUCUUCGCCUUUCUCUCCGCGAUGUAUUUCCCACCGGCGGAACGGGACAGCCGAGCGCGGCCCCCACAGAACAUCAGUGACUUUUCCAGACCCCGCUUGGCAUCCGCGAGUCCGCGCGUGGGACCUGGCAGCUCCGCGCCAGCCGGUUUUGGGGUUGGCAGUAUUCGCUCGUUUAAAUUCCAGUUGUUAUUUGGCAGUUUAUCGCCUUUGGAAUCCAUGAGAAUUGCCAGCAAUGGAAAGAGUGACCUGCGGGAAGGGGCCGAAGCCAUGGUGAGCGCCCGGGUUCCGCCAAGCGCGCUGCAGCCUGCGGGGCGAGUUGUCUUUCGACAAAAUCUUUUGGGACUUCUUUGUCCCUCACGCCCUUCCUUUUAAAUGAUUUUUAUUUUUAUUUUUCCACUUUAAGUGACCGGCUGGGUUUUACUUUUGCUUUUUCCGACGGGAAGGGCACAGCAAACCGGAGUAGGCAGCUCCGCGGGCAGGAGGAGCGCUGGGUACACGCAGACUCCGAGCCCUGCGGAGCCCCGAGGCCGCCUCUUCUGCACCCCGCGUGCGUGCGGAGCCAGGGCCGGGCCGAGGGGGAGUGUGGUGGCCCAGGAGGCCGGGACUGUGGGCCCCACUCGCCCGCCUGCCGCGGGCCGCCCGGAGCCCGCGCGCCUGUCGCGCAGCCCGGCUGUAAUGGUGGCAGAUCAAAGGCGGCCCCAUGUCCCCGCGGAGCCCGGGACCAUCCCGCGCCUUUGUGCGCUGUUGCUAGGAGCCCGAGAAACUAAGAGAAAGUGUCAGGAGCAUGUUAAUCAGACUCGUUACACUGUAACAAUAACGUCUCUCUCGGGUCUCCCAGGCCCCAGCACCCCCGCGCACCCCGCGCGCAGGCCGGACACCUGCGCGGGGCCCUCGCGCCUGCCCUGGGGUCCUGCCGGCCCCGGGGUCCCUGCAGCCCCGAAUCCAAGCCGGGGCCAUGCGCAAUGACGAGCCCGGAGGGGCCCCAAAGGCACCCAGUGCAGCAGCUCCCUGGCUGAGGUCUCCUUGACCAAAGCCCCGGCCUCACCCCGCCGGGCCGCGAGCUGGAGGGAUGCAGAGAUGAUCCCGGUCCCCUGCUUUUCAGUCCUCCGGAAUCGCCCAUGUUGUUCAAUCGCAGUAUUCGAAUCAAGAGAAAAAUGAACAUUCCCUUUCUGGUAGCUUUUUGGUUAUGAGUUUUUGCAAAACUGUUAAGUCAACUUUGCUGAUUUCCCUUGGGAAUCCCUGGAGGCUACUCUAAUUGGUAAACCCAAGUUUAAGAAGGAAGGGGGGAAACAUUGCUGAGAGUAAAAAUGUCCCCCAACUUUUUCAAGAGAAUUGCUUUAUUCAUUCAUUAAGUCAUUCAACAAACACCUGUUGAACCCGACUGGGUGCCAGAGGGGCCAGUCUCAAAGUCACAGGACUUACUCCAGAUGAACUUUUCUUUUGAAAUUAGAACGCCCUUGGGGAAGUCAGAGGAGGAGCAGGGGCCUAAAAUAAUGUCAAGUGUCAAAGCAAAAAGAAAGGCCAUUGGCGAUUACAGUGUGUGGUGAUAACAAGAGAGGAGCGAAUUAGGAAUUUAAAACAUUUGAAAAACU